GUCGAUUUCUUGUGCCGAAGCUUGGGCUUCUGUUGAUACCGAAUGCCUGUCAUUAAUUUUUACCGAACCAGGAUAGAUCCAACAAGGCGGCGAUUAGGAAAGAACUAUGGGAGGUGAAAGUUUUUCCGAAGAAUGAAGGAAGCAAGUAGAAUAGAAAAACUUGGGUAGCAUCGAAGUAGUAGCAAGAACAGCCCUCUGUGGAAACAUAAACAAAGGCAGAGGGCCAGCCCCUUUACGAUAGGCACCAACUUAAUUAUCAACUACAAUUACUUCUACGCUUAGCACUUUGGUCGCAACAGCCAAAACUACUUACACGUGUCUCCUGAGGAACAAAAUGAGGACCAUUGAGGGAAGCAGCAAAACAAGGUGCGGCCGGUUGCUGGCAAAUCUGGCGAGGGCCGUCAGUGUGGUUCUUUACUUUGAGGCCGAAUGUGGUUCUUUCUUCGCCGGCCGAGCAGCAGCCACCAAGCUUUUUGCUCUCGCCUCUGGAUCGCCGUCAGAUGUGCAGCUCGGCGAGGAGGCUCCUCAUGAGAAGCCGCACCCGGUCGAGCCCGCCAGCGGCCCGCACGAAGACCCAGUCUGCGAUCUGGAGAAGCCCGCCAGCUCUUCAGGACAGGGCGGCGGAGCCGGUUCCGUGGUCCCGCAAGGGCUCGAGCUGAACUUGAUACGAAAUGCAAAAGCAUCGCACGACUAUUCGAAGUCGCAUUACAAGUUGAGAAGUCAGCAUUAGAAAUAGGAUUUGUCAUGCGGUUUGUCCGUGAUGGAAAGAGAAAGACUUUGUGGUAUAUGCGUGACUGCAAUCACUAUGAGCACGAUACUUUUGCACAGGAUAUUUGGCGAGUCUCGGCGAUUUCGAAGGGCUCGACAAAAACCCCGGGAUGCGCAGGAGCAGUUCCGCGGGGCCGAGUCAGUCCAGUGCGGCGAGCGAGGGUGGAACUCCCUCGGCUGGACAGCUCCUUGAAGAUGCUGCUUUGGCUCCCGAAGAAGACGAGACGCAAGGAACUACCUCAAACGUCGUGGGAUCCGCAUUUCCCGGUGUGGGUGAACUUGAUUUUGACAGACUUGUAACGCCGGGAAAAAAUAUGUCUGGGUCUGGGAGGACGCGAUCGCGAACUUGUCAUGCUAAGUCUGGAUUGUACAAAAAUUUGUGUUGCAUGACUACCAAAAGCUGUCCACUUUUGAACAAGUUUAGAGGCAUGUUGUCAUGCAGGAUAGGAAUAAUAGAGACGUCGCAGGACCUGCCAUGCUAGGUCCUGCAUUCCAAACCUCAUGGGGCAUGGAAAAUAUGCAUGAGAAGUUUGCAUUCUUCCAGACCCGGACACUUUUGCAUUUGAUAAACGGUUGCACUAGCCACGACACCGCAGCUCGAGGAACAACAACGAGGAGUGGUCCAGGCGACAACAAUUCCUGCGACAGCAGGUGCUGCCACCUCCUCAAGGACGAAAGCAAGAUCCAGGCAAACUACGAGCGGAACUCCUGCAGCAGCUGGUGUGCCAGAUGCACUAGAUCUAGGACCUCCACAGAAGUCCUCGACGUUGAAUCAAAGAACCCUUGACACGCUGCAGAGGGAGCUACAGCCGGACGUGUUUGCUCGUCCACACCGCACCAGCAGCCCAAACACCAGUGUCUAUCAAAUGCAAAAAUGUCUGGGUCUGGAAGAAUGCAUGUUUGUCAUGCUUGUCUGGCAUGACUCUUAAAUCUGUCAUGCACGUUGGCCAAGAGUUCCAUUUUUCUGUGAUGCAGAAACGCAGUUUGUCAUGCAGAAUAGGCAACACCUAGAAGCUCAGACGCUUGCCAUGCUGGGCCAGCAUUUGUAGCCUCAUCAUGAGACGCCGCCCAGCAUCACCAGUUUCCAGACCCAGACACUUUUACAUUUGAUAGUGUCCACGGCGGCGCGAUAAAAACGCCGGAUCAGGAGCAGAAGGAGCAGCAGCUGAUUCAAGCCACGCGGCUCGCCAGGUUCAGGAAAGAAUGGGAAGAUAACAUGUCUCCGGAUAAGCGAGAUUCACACCUUCAAUUGAUGUCCAACGCCGCCGCCGCCCAAGACCACAUGGUAAAACAAGCAGCGGUGGCGCAACAACGAGUCGUGCAGGACCAUGAGCAGCAGCUUGUGACCAGUAAGAUCCUGGACAACGUAGCAGCAUUGCACGAACAAUUUCCUUUCGACCCCGUGACCGCCCCGGAGGUCCUGGCAGCGCGAGCCGCCGAGAAUCCUGCCUCUUUUGGAAAAUCGGUGGGGGUGCUGCUCUCCUCCCACGAUGGCGGAAAGCGCUCUCGAGAAGGCUACAUGCCCCGCGAGGACCACGCGAACGAAACCUACAACCAAAAUUUUCCAGUCCAGGGCGGCCGGGUUCCAGUGGGGCGAGGCAGUCCAGUGCGGCCGGGUUCCAGCGGGGCGAGGCAGUCCAGUGCGGCCGGGUUCCAGCGGGGCGAGCUUGGGAGCUCGGCCAUCGGCGGGGUGACAGACAGCGAUGACAUCGCGGAGAUGAGUCCGUUUCGAACCACGCGCCCGUUCAAGGAACUGAUGUUAUACCGGGAAUUCGUUCACCGAAGUUCAAAAGCCGUGCUGGGGAAUUCGUUCACAAACCCAGGUCGGAUGAUUAUUUCAGACCGGGACUACGACACCAUCGCAAUCGUGCGCCAGAAAACCGCACUCGGGCAGGCCGAGAAGUGUUUUCGGAACGAAACGGAAGAAGUUCAAGACGAUGAAGCGGAAAAUCCGCAAACAAGAAAAUCCUCCUCCCACACCGCCGAGUCGUUUAGCUCGCCGCCGAGGGGAGGUCUUUCGCCUGAGCAAGAGCUGGGCGGAGAAAGAGCUGGUGCUCAGGGUAGUGCUAGUGCGUCCGCUUCGAGCGCCACUGCAGCAGCACAAGCAGCAGUAGAUCCAGCAGCAGCGAAUGCGGCAGCGGAGGAAAGACGCGAGAAGCGAAAGCGAAGCUGCCUUCUCGACCGGGAUAACGGGACCGCAGUGGAAUAUUUAAUUUCCGUGGAGAAACUUUCUGUUGGACGAGGUCCCAGUGCACCAACUUCUCAGGGAGGCACAAAUGUUGACUCUCCUCCUGUAGCCGGGAAUUAUAAAGAAAAACCGAGGAAGUUGUUCACUGGGGCGAGCCGGCCGCCGGGAUCUGUUCCUUCCGAGGACCAUGAAGCUGAUGCAGUGCCACAACUUGAUGGAGGAAUUGCAACGACGGAUGCUGCUACUAGUUCUGAGGAAGAUGUAGAGACCUGGGUAAAAUUUGCGAUUCACAUCCCAGAUAUUGGGUUCUUUGAACCGGGACUACUACCUCUCUUUCGCGGGGAUCAGGAUACCGACGGGAAAUUGUCGACAACCACUCGCCCGGCAGAUGAUGAUGUCGGAGGCUCGACGGGAGAACACCAACAGCAAAAUCAACAACAGCAGCAGCCUGUCAAUAAUCCCCAUCGGUCAUUGUCUGCUUUGGUAACCGACAGCUACGACAAACGCGUCCAGGCAGAGUUCCGCCGGAGCAUCCCGCUCUACCAUUUACGGAGACUGUUCGCGAUCAUGACUUUGGACAAUGUGAAGAAGACCUAUUUACCGUCCUCGGGUAGCAGCGGUAGAACUUCUAGCUCCACGCGACGUGGAGCUGCUGCGCCAACAAGUCGAAGAUCGUCUUCGAAAGGCAGGCCAUCCUCCCGCAGCAGACAGCUGGUGGAAAAGCCGAAGCAACAAAAGCAGGAGGAAAAAGACGACAAUGACUUGGACAAAAACUCACCCCCAAAAGAAAGCUACAUUCUCACCAACACACUGUUUUUCGAAGUGAGAACUGCUCCUCCCGAUGACAAGCAGGCUGGCGGCACCUCAGGAGGAGCUGGUCCUUCCGCUGCUGGCGGAGCAGGUCCGUGGGGUGUGCGAGCUUCCAACAUCCGGAGUGUCCGGUUGGUGCGUAAUACCGCGGUUCGGAAUGGGGCGCAGAUCGCAAUUGACCGGGAUUUGGUCUUUCCCUCGCGUACCAGUGCAAGGGAGACAAGGACGACAGGACAUGUGUCUACUUCGAGAGCGCUGUCCCUGCUGGGAGCUGCAGCUACAGUGCGUCACAAUUAUAUCAGCCCCGGAAGUGGUGCUGGUGCAAUUGUUGAGAAUGUCAGUCCCGGGCCGUCUGUCGCCGGCGGAACAUCGUCUAGCGCAGGAGGAUCAUCUUCCGUGGCACCACAGGUACAUAGAACAGACUGGUGGUUUACUUGCUUCUCGACUUAGGACAGAGUCGUGCUAGCGGCCCAUUAUAGGAGCGUCGCGCUGGUAUCUUCUAGUUUCUUCUAUUCAUCGUUCUCCAUAGUAGUUGUUCCAUUCUCAACUGCGGCGAUUCUCAAAAUUAAAAUCUCUCGUCACGUGCCAGCUUAACAGACUUAUAGGAUGUAGGAAUUUCAUUUUCGUCUCUGAAAAAAGAUGAAGAGGAAGAUGUCGUGAAGUACCUCCCUCGGCAUUUGUUGUUGAUACGUGGAAGUUAGUGUCGGGCAAAAUUGUGUUGAUCAAGUGGCUGGAUAUAUAUUUUGUCAAAACGUGUGUAAAAAUUGAAAUUAAGAACGACAUACUACAAGUUGUGCGAUAGCUCUGAUGACAACCUCCACAGGCCACUACACCAGCCCACGACCAGCACAUCAGAAGCAACGAACACAUUCAACCAGCUGCUCCCUUCACCGACCAGGGAUCUCUCGCAAAACUACUCUUCACUGCCCUGCAGCACCUGCCCAUCGCCUCCUUCGGCCUGUACAAACAGCACCUGGCUGACCAGAUUCAGGAGAUGCAAUUGCUCCAAAAUUUGGCGAAAAAGUAUCCGCAAACCUGGAGGAUGCUGAACCCGGUUGCAGCAGGUGGAACACGCCAAGAACAUCAACCUCAAGAACAGGAGAUGACUAGUCCACCCGGUGCAGAUGGGAGCAGUAGACCAUCACCGCCCAGCGUGGGGGAUCAUACCUUGGACACACGAACUCUCGACCAAGAAACGACCCCUCCUACUCGACAAAUAAGCACGCUGGACGAAAGCAGCACCGUCGUCGGGACAGAAGCUGCAAGGACCCCUGCAAGCUUGGUUACACCAGGCACGGGAAGUGGCGGAGCGAUGACACCAAACGCACCGAACUCGCGCUCCCUCAAGAACGUCUUUGAGGACUGUAUAAUUUGAGAUUUUUUGUUGCAGUGCACCAUGAGAAAUCUACUGACCUCCUAGCACUUGACUCAGCAUGUCAAAUUCAAAUUUUCAAUUUAGACACAUUGAGACUUGCAUCAUCCAACGAUGUUAGGUGAUAGCUUUCCACCGCGUAGGCACUUGCAAGAAGUUGUAUAGUGCACAAGAUUAGAUUAGCCAAUGAAUGUUUGUAUCACAACAAACAACUAAACAGUCCAACGUGGGUUGCAGGCGGCGCAGUACCUAGCUUUGCAGAAAGUCGGAUUAGUCACCCCCUUCACGAAAGCGUUUGACGCCUCCGUGCAGAUCGCGGCGCACUUCAGCACCUACGCGCGGCUCCCCGGUCGGAAGAAUGAGCAAGACCGUAUGAACUGCACAUAUGUCUGGCUCUGGAAGAUUCCGAGAUUUGUCAUGCUAGUUUGGCAUGACUCUGAACUCUGUAUUGCGUGCCCCUGCGCAAGUCUUCCUGUCUGUCACGCAAAAACGCGGUCUGUCACGCGGAGUACGCAAGUCUGAGCCACUGAAAAACUUGUAAUGCUGGGAAGCGCAUUGCAGUGUGCUUACUAUUCCCUUCCCUGCGUGAGAAGUUUCCAGACCCAGACAUAUUUGCAGUGCAUAGACCAAUCUCCGGGGCAAUUUCUCCUCGAGCAGACGGAUCAGCGGAACAUUGUUGUCGUGGAUUUGAACUUUGAGAGACAAACUGUUCUGGUCUAUUUGCCCCGGGAAAAAUACCACGUUGACACUAAAGACGAAGAGGCCGCCGGCGCACGGCAGCCCUGCGGCGGAGCUGGAUCCUCUUCAAGUGCGCCCUCCACCUCCGGAGGACUGGGUAGCCCGCCGGUGCCCAUGAAUCGUCGUGCACAACAACAAGCCGGUGGUGCUCCUGGUCCCGUUGCUUCCCCACCACUGCGCCGUGAGUUCACCCGUUCCCGCACCACCCCGGGCGACAGCUACGGGAGCUCUGCUAGAAGUCCACUAAACCAUGGUGCUCAACCACCGGGAUCCCCGAAAAGGACCGUGGAGAAGAGUCCGGAGGAGCUGUUGGAAAGCGGCGACCCACGGUUCCGGACGCCGCAGAGGCCAAAGAAAGGAGAACCUCUAGAGGUGUUGAAACUCAGCAAACCCAAUUCCUGGGACAAGCAGGGACGGAAAAAUAGCAAAGCAGGGACAUCUUCAGGCCCUUUCGAUGAACAGGACCCUGCGGAAUCCUCCUUCGCCUGGCGGCAAAACAUCUUCCCCGGCGCUCGCAGCGAAGGCUCGGCGGCGUUGCCCCCCUAUUCUCCCGACGUGGACGAGUUGGACGAGCUGUCGGUAGCGGCCGGCAGUAGUCGUGCUAGGACAGCAAGAAAGAACUCUCGUAAGAACAGGAGGGACGAGCCCUCCAUGCCGAUAUUCGGUCCCUGGGGCGACCUUGUGAUUGCCAUGAGGCGAAACCACGAGCUCUGCCAGAAGCGCGAGAAGCAAGAACAAGCGCAAGCCGCGGAGGCGGCAGCUGCACUACUACAGGUGCCGGCAGGUGCACCUCCUGCGGCCGACAGUCUGGCUCUGGACGAGCAACAGCUCCCCGCGGAAUUGCAGUCGGUGACGACACGUGCGGCAGCGGCGCGCGUUGUGUUGGGCAAUCCGAUUAUACCGGUAAUUUCUGAUACUGAUGUAGCUACAACAGGAGGAGCUUCAUCCGAACAACCGCACGGGGAUGAUCACGUUCCAGCACCGCGGGAUGGGGCACCACAAGUAGAACCUCUUCUACAUCCCGAAGCCUUAUUCACUACGCCUCUUCUCUUCGGAACAACGACCCCACCCCCGGUCGUGCCGGCGGGUCUCCCAAGGACACUGGCAGGCGCUUUGGCUCGUCCUCUGAACAACAACGACGAAGAACAAGCAGGAGGUCGAGCGGCUACACCCACCUUUGGAGGCGGAACAGAAAUUGCUGGAACGACCACGUUAUGCGUUGCAAAAGUAUCGCACUCGUACUAAUUGCGUUUUUUAUGCAUAACAAAUCUUUUUGUUGAGGCAAAUCCGCAUUACAAAUCUAAUCUAAUUUGUGAUGCUAAGUCAAUUUGUAGUGCAGUUUGAUGCUUUUGCAGUUCAUACACGUCGGGGCUCUUCUCUCGGAGAGCAGCCGGACCGGAUGAACGCUUAGUCCAAUUCUUGGCAGGACCUUCGGCAGAUGAACCUCUUCCCGUCGCCCCACUAUUUCCUCCUCCGGCAGAACUUCUUCCUGUCGCCCCCCCACUUUCACCUCCGUCCACGCCGCGCGCGGCACGAGCGCCGACCCCUUCCUUCGGGCAGGUAGACGAGCACCCAGAAGCAUCGUCCCUGCCAGCUCCGGGCGAGCAGACGCCGUUGCGAAGAAUCCGUCCGGCCUUUUUUCACAGUCCCGAGAAGGGCGAGGGGGACGCCGUGCUUGGCCAGCAGUUUAUCGAGAGGGAAGAUUGGACCGAGGCCGCCGAUUUGGAAGAGAGGCUGCAACGGGCACACAAUUUGUUCGCGCAAGUCAGAGGGCGGGGCGCCGCUCCUGCAAUGAUGCCUCCUCCGUUCUCCUUGCCCCCAAUUGGAAUUAGUAUGCCGCAGCAGGGGUCUAGCAGUGCGGCUGCUGCUGCUGCUGCUGCAAGGGCACCAGGUGAUUCUACUGGUAGUGCGGACGAGGUAGGUGUUGUUGGUACUACUAGCAGCGAAGCACAACGAGGACAUUUAAUGCCCACGUCUGCUCGGUGCAGUGCAGCCGCUGAAGAAGUUCUUGACCAACAGGAGCAGCCCCCCGGGGCGACACCAGGCGGACCGCAUGUUGAACAAGCUCCGGGAUACCAGCCCGGCGGGAAUGGUGACCCGAAUAUUGCGACGUGUGCUGCGGAAGAGGAGGUUGUUGUCGAGCGACCUUCCCCUGGUGCAGAAGCUCCACAGGCCAUGCCUGCAGGAUCAUCCCCCAAGGACUUCCGACUUGUCCGGGACCAAUUGCAAUUGCAGCAGCGAUAUCAAAUGCAAAAAUGUCUGGGUCUGGAAGAAUCUGAGAUUUGUCAUGCAGUUUUUCCAAGCUCAGCCAAGUCUCGAAUGCAGGGCCUAGCAUCACAGGUUCUGCAGCCCCUUGGUGAUGCCUAUUCUGCAUGAGAAAUGCCCCCUCGGCAUGGCUAGAAAUGGGGAUCUUUUGCAAGUCACGCUACACAGAUUUUUGUAUGAUCCGCAACACGCAUCACAAGUUCGCAUCCUUCCAGACCCAGACACUUUUACAUUUGAUAAGCGAGGCCAGCACCAUCAACAGCCAACGCAAUUCGCCUUUCCCACAAGAGAAGAACUACAACCUGCAGAACCUCCAGGACUAGUUGUGCCGCAGCUGCCUCCCCGACCGGACUAUGCGCAGCAGCAGGAGCAGCCACGCAAUCUCUUCAACAUUCCUAGUUCUGCCGCAUCGGCCGCUGGCCUCUCCAGCAGUGCGAGCGACGCCGGAGUUGUAGCAGUAAGUGGACUUCGAGAAACGGCUACUUUAGUGGAUGGCAUAGCCCACUAUGGCAAGCACAACGAGCUGCAAGGUACAACACCGACUCAUGAUCCGCACAGUCAUCAACUACGUGACCCUUUUGCCACGCCCGACCGACCCGCGCUCCGGCGCGGGAGAAGUGCAGACAGCAGUGCACUAUCGGGAGCAGCUGGUGCUUCUGCUGUUCUUGGUCAUAGAAGUGCAAGUAGCAUUUAUUCGAAGCAAGAACUGGAUAAGGGAUACAUUGCUGGAGAUUUUUGUGAACAUCCACAUGCAAACGAGGGCGAACAACAAGCCGCUGGCAAUAAGCCUAUUGGUACCUCCCCUACUAGUUCCUCAUCUAUACUGAAGCAAAGAGCCGACAAGCCGCACGGGUUUGCCUUGGAAAUUUCGAUAAAGGAGCUGCGACGCGCGCAGCUGAGCGCGUUUGGGCAGGCUGUUCCUGCCGAAGACGGCACCUCAGCGGGCAGCACGAUCCAACCCGACCGGCCCGAGGGGAAUUUGCGGUUCGCCCUCCGCGACGGGAUUGGUGCCAUGCGGCAUCGAGUCGCCUCGUUUUCCUAUCAACUGCAAAUAUGUCUGGGUCUGGAAGAAUGCAAGACUUGUCAUGCAUAUUGAUAUUUCUCAUGACCCAUGAUUGUCUGUGAUGUAUGUUGCCCUACCAUCAUAGAUUUUUAGAACCCUUCCUGAUCCUGAUGCGCCUUCCACAUGAGAAAUGCCCUAUAGCACAAACUGGACCCCUCUUGCACUUGCUGGUCAUGCAAUACAAAUUUUCCUAGAAUCCAAAAACAGCAUCACAAGUUGCAUCCUUCCAGACCUCCAGACAUAUUUGCAUUUGAUAUUUCCACCAUCAAAGCGGUAGCACCACCGGCGACCGCUGGCACUGCGUCCGCAGCUUCCGGUCCGCAGCUUCCGUCUUAUAGUUCACCAUCUCCUUCGGCUCCGUCGCCCUGGGUUCUCUAUAAGCGGACCGUCUCCCGUAUGCAUUGCAAAUAAAGUAUCGUACUCGUAUAUAAUGCAUUUAUACAAAUUUGCUCAGCAUGAGGAGUAAAAUUUGUAAUGCGGUGGAUUUCUCGUAGCACCUAGAUUUGUAAAUGCAUAUAACUGCAAUGAGUACGAGUGCGAUACUUUUGCACUGGAUAUCCGGUCAGGCGGAGGCCUUCCUUAUACACGAAGUAAGUGGUCUGUCGCCCUCGGCAGCUUCCGAGGUCCUGAAGCGAGAGCUGCAAAGGCAGCGGGAGAUACGUCGGUCGUCCUCGUCGUCGUCCCAAAUAGAAGUAGGCGCCACAGCUGACGCAUCACACCCGCUGGAUUUGGUGCUGCCGAUUAAGGAGAAGCUGAAAUUAUACGAGGGUUACCCCGCGCAGAUUUUCCACAGUUACAACCUGAUGUCCCUGGGCGCGGUCAUCACGAAGCAACAGAUGCACGACCAGCUGCUUCACGUGCUGCAGAAAAUUCUAGGCACGCCGGGGGCACCGGCACCACCUGUGCUUGGCCCUGCUGAAGGUGGUGGUCCACGUCGCUCAGAAGUCGCAACAGUCGGCGGAGCUGCUGGAGGCGGGCCAACAGUCGAGGACAUCAAUAAUUAUCGCCCCAGCCAACUACAUGGUGCGCCAUUACUAUCUCCCCCGCUACAACAAGAUCAAGACCUCCGGCAGCGCGAGGACGACGAGCUGUCUGUCCCGGAAACCGUAGAGCAUUUUGGGAACCCAGACGACCGACAACAAGCCAUGGAACUAGACUGCCAGGCACUGGUCGCGCGGAUGCAGGAGGUGGUGCAGGAAAGCCGCCGGCGCGAUGAUAGUGGUGUUUUGAACGCGCAGCAGCAGCAGGGCGGUUUCAGGUCAGCCACCGGCUCCGCGGGCAACUCGGUUGUGGGGCACGCAGACGAUUUCGGGACGAUAUUGUCCCCUGUGGGCCUCGAGCAAGUGAGGCGUGCAGCUCCACCGCCGGACGUGAAUCCAGAACACGUGCGAGCGUGCCUCGCCGGGCUUGAAGCGGGAGGCGCUGGGGGUGGACCAGCACCACCACCUAUGGCACGAGGACCACAAGUUGUACUACAACCCGCACGACCAGCAGGAGAUGAACUCCAAGCGGCAGAUGACGGCACUACCUCCGAACACGGCAGUGUCAGCAACCUCAGCAACUUUCAGCUCCCAUCCCCUGCGGUACUACCUUCCGGGACACCUCCGUCGCCCCCACGCGAAGAUGAUCCGCCUCCGAGUUACCGUGCGGGCGAACGGCAUCGUCCCAGCGCUGCCCUGUCUGAAGCUGCUGACCGCGCGGAGCGGGAGGGACUGAGGUACCGGUCGAUCGAAGAAGUAGUGCGGAGUCGCGCUGCACAAGAACAAGAAGGGAACGAGCGCGACGAGCAGCAACAGCUGCUCCUGGGCCGGGUUGACGGAGUUGUAGAGCAGCAGCAGGAGGGUCCUCGUGGUUCUGGCGUACAACCAGUUGUAGAUGCCCCACCGUUGCAAAACGCCGAGUGGGUCGAGUCCCUGCAGCCGCACUUGGAGGAGCAACGGUUACAAAGGCCCGCCGUGCCGCGCGAAGUGGUCUCCCCUCCACGAACCCCUAGACGAGGCCCUUCCCCGUCCGAGCGACGGGCCAACCAACUGCAGGUCAGCCCACAGUAUGCGUUGGAAGAGUAUCGUACUCGUAUAAAUGCAUUUGCAAAUUAGCCCAGCAUGAGAAAUAAAAUUUCUCAUGCGGAUUUGCCUUAAGAAAAAAAUUUGUAAUGCAUGAAUGCCAUUACUACGAGUACGAUACUUUUGCAUUUCAUACUCAGCAACUUCGAACGGACGCCUUCGGCAUUUUGGGAGGAAGUGGCUCUGGCUCACCAUCUAUCCUGAGUAAAAACGUACCCACCCCAGAGUUGUAAUGCAGAUUUGCAAUGACAAAGACAUUUGUGAUGCGCAUCCCCAUGAGAGCCACUUCCAAUCGUGUUUUGGAAUUUGUGAUGCUGUGAACAGGAUCAGCAGGUCGAUUUGUGAUGUGGCUUUCCUUGCUAACUUGCACUACCUUACGGACUGAAUCUUGUCAUGCGUGACUCCCAAAACUCCUAGGCUUGUGUUGCAAAGUCCCCAUCUUGACUCUGGUGUGGGUACGUUUUUACUCAGGAUACCAUCGCGACCAGUUUCACGCACACCGGACGUAGUGCGGCGAAUGCGUGAUGAGGCUGCGCCCCACGAGCACCAGCUGCAGCCAGCAGCACUACAACAACACGGCAUCGGCAGCCCCCUUCCACCAUUACAAAUUGACGUCGCUUUGCAGGCGGAGCAGGAGAAUGAGCGGCUUCUUGGUCAACAUCUCGCCGGAAGUAGAUCUGCUUCGCGGGGGCUGCAGGCCCCGCUACAUCAUGAAAUUCCGCAGGAUGCAGACUCGACCGGAAGCCCAGCUGCCAGCGUGAGUCCGGAAGACGAGAUGAACCUGGGCAUAGGGGAACAACAAGACGAACAACAACUCGCGGCGGGGGGCAAGAACAUGAAAGAUGAAACCACGCAGAUUUUCCACAGUUACAAUUUGAUGUCCCUCGGCGCGGUUAUCACGAAGCAACAACUGCACGACCAGCUGCAGGUGGACGCGCUGCAGGUUAUCACGAAGCAGCUGCACGCGCUGCAGAAAAUUAUAGGCGCGAGGAAAUCUCCUGCAGAUGGUGGAGAGGAAGAUGUAUUCUCCGCCACUGGAGGCUGCGACGCUGAACAGCAACACCAAUCCGACGUCGACGACCUAGAUAGCAAUGGAAUCACCAAAAGUGUCACGAUGGACACGCAGCGCGAGGAGUUGCGAAGGCAGCUGGAAGAUUUAGAUAGCCAUUUGAUCGACCCGACGGACUUCUUUGCCGACUUAUCAGUGGACGACGUAAUCAAACUGAUUCGCGGAGAGGGCGCGUUCAAGCGAAGCGGGCCAACCAAGAUCUGGUCCUAUCCAAUACACAUGUACUGCCUGGAUCUGGAAAGUUGGAACUUGUAACGCUAGCUUUAUGACAUUCGUCGGAAAUCUGAAUUGCCAAACCAACAAAAGUCGCCUCCUCUUUUGUCAUGCAAAAACGCAGCUUCUCAUGCGGACUGUCUAAGAGAAAGCGCUCUGGUAAGUUGACAUGCUGGGCAGCAUUCGGAAGUGUUUCCGCCAUCCGCAUUUCGCCGAGCGUCACAAAUUUCCAGAACCGGACACAUUUGCAGUGCACAGGCCGAUCCAAGAUCUGAUCUUCCGCGACGCGCUGCAGCGGGAUGGCAGCGCGGCGGAUGCAGGCAGCGCGGUGAUGGCAGCGGUGCGGGGCACAGGGGAGCAUAGCACUGUUCCGGUAGAAGACGCCAGUCAGUCAUUAGAGGGACUGCACCAGGGUGGUGCUAGUAGUUCGGGUCCUCGAGGUGGCUUUUCUAGAGGCAGCGGAAGUGGUAUCGAAAUGAAAAAUCCCCCCUCCCCGUACUCAGAGGGGGACUUGUGUAGCAUUAUUUGUGAUCACAAGUCACGCUGUCAUGGUAGAAGGGAAGAGAUGUGGACUGUAAGUGCUGCCUGGUGUAGGAAAACUUUGCGUGUUCAGAAUGAUACGAAGCAACUGGAAACGGGAAGCAGCAUGACAAAUUGCCAACAAAUGAGGGAGCAACUGCAUCUCUUGGCCUUCUAGCUAUACAAGUCGAGUUGUGUACUCAAAUACAGCAACACAAAUCUCGUUUUCGAUAUGCGAAGGGGGGAACAUUCCUCACAAUAAGUGGUGGCAGUGCUGGAGCAGGCGGAACUUUCACGAUACUCCCAGGCUUCGCAUCGUCUGGACUACAAGUGGGAACUUUCGCCGCCCAAGAUGCCGGUGAUAAUUCCACUCCGGCAGGACAAGGUGGAGCAGUUGGUGCUAAUCAUUCCUCUAUGGGAGGACAAGGAGCAGCUGCGGUUAUCAUUCCACACUCCGCCCCGUCCGGGGGACAAGCAGGACCUCCUACCCAACCGGACCAAGCCGGUUCAUCCGGAACAGCCGCAGGUGCGGCAACUGAAGUUGACCAGCAAGAAACUGGCGCGGCUUUUUCGACGACGCCUGGUACACAGGCGCUGCCCGGGGCCGGAACGGGCACUGGUAGCGCAGAAGCAGGCGCUGCAGGUACUAGUAAUUCCGGUGGUGGAGCUACAAGCGGGCCAACAGGCGGCGGUGGACAACACACGUGCACUGCUGGUGGAACAACGGGAGGAGAAGCUUCGUCAUGUAUUGGUGGGACGACGUCGCCCACUGUUCCAGUUGAGGCCCCAGCCACGGGGGGAGAACAAACACAAACCAAGACCCAGAGGACCACGGGGGGACAACAAACGACCCCCGAUGAUCCGACGCUGCAACACGGACAAAGAACACAACAGGAAGAGAGAACUAAGCAACAGGAACAGGGAACACAACAAGGACAGGAAACACAACAGGACAAAGGCGCGCUCAAGCGAAGCGGGCCAACGAAGAUCUGGCACAUUUAACGAGCUGAUCUUGUCGCCUACGUACGCCCGCCAACGAGGGGGCGUAAGCGCAAACACGGCUCUACUUUGUCACGGUAACAACACGGUAACCGCCGAGGAGUGCGUGAAAAUAUAGGAGCAGUGGAAGCUCGCCUUCCUCCUCUUCUUCAAAGCUUAAAUUGUCGGACUGGGCGAGCAGCCUUUUAUACAACGCACCGACAACAGUGGCGAGGAUGGAAGCACAGCUCUCAAGUUUUUUUGACAUUUUGAUGUUGUAGCAGGGAAACUUGCAUUGGUUUUGAAGCUAGGAAGUAUAGAGAGCCAACUGCGGCCCUUGUCAUCUGCUUUGUUGCUUUUCCGGCCACGUAGAUAAAGUUGUUGCUUUUUGAUUCGAAUCGAAAUGAAUAACGAGAGCGCAGCACUGGAGCGCCUUAUUUGAUGAACAGAACGUGCGUGGAGAGCAACUUAUUAGAGGAACAGAACGUGCGUGGAGCGCUAGGUAGAAUGCCUUAUUUGAUCUUCUCCGCGAGAUUCGUGAGGAGAUGAAGCCAUAACGUUUCAAGAGAAAUGACAGUCCUUAAUCUCUUUAUGCUUUCGGAAACCCACCUUGGCUGUCAACGACGCUUCCAAAAGUGGUAUGUGGACAAUGAGACCCGAAUGGACGCGAAUUUGGACAACAUAU